AUGUGGCUCCAUCUGCAGAAAUAUGAUCUACAGGUUACUUACCGUCCAGGUAAAGAACUUAUCGUUGCUGAUGCUCUAAGCAGAGCAUACCUCCCAGCUAAUGACAAUUGGUUCGAUGAGACAGAGUUUGAUGUGAACUUUAUAUCACAGCUACCGUUUACUUCAUCUAGGGUGGAGACAUUCAAGUUGGCCACAGCAGAUGACCCACAACUACAGCAAUUGAAAUCUGUCAUUCUCAUUGGUUGGUCGUCGGACAGGAAAGAUGUUCCAGCUUGUGUACAAGACUUCUGGAAUAUUCGUGAUGAACUGACUGUAGUUGGGGAUCUGGUCUUCAAGGGAAACAAACUAGUUGUUCCAAGGGCACUGCAAGCAGAAAUGCUACAGAAAAUUCAUGAAGCACACCUGGGAAUAACAAAAUGCAAGCAACGAGAAAGAGAUGUACUCUUCUGGAUUGGAAUGAACAAACAUAUAGAAGAUUUUGUAUCACAGUGUACAAUCUGCAAUGAAAAAAAGAGCAACACAAAGGAGCCAUUGAAAAGCCAUGACAUACCAGAAAGACCAUGGGCUAAAGUUGGUGCAGACUUGUUUGUAUACAAAAACAGUGACUACCUGUUGUGUGUGGACUACUUUUCAAAGUACCCAGAAAUUGUGAAACUAACUGACUUGUCAAGCAGAACUACUAUCACAGCACUGAAGUCAGUCUAUGCUAGACACGGAAUACCAGAUGAAAUCAUGACAGACAAUGGUCCACAAUUUUCAAGUACUGAGUUUUGCAGAUUUUCACAGGCAUGGGAAUUCACCCACAUGACAUCAAGCCCAACAUAUAUCCACAAUCGAAUGGUCAAGCUGAAAGGUCAGUACAGACUGUCAAGAUGA